CGCUAAACGAUCUAGAAAUCCAUAAAUAAAAAUGUCACAAAUAUUUUAGACAUGUGUAAGCUUUUCGAAGGGGAUUUAUCAGACCGGUGGAGUGUAAUUUGUGUAUUUGCAUAACUGUUUACAAGUGUUCAAAUCGCUUGGUAUUAGAUUUGAACACGCAUUUGUGAAUACCGAAUAUUAUUUGUAAUUAUUAAUAUUUGUGUAUAUCACAUUUUUCAUUUGUAGAUCACGUAAAAAAAAAACAUGUUUGUGUCCAUUUUGAAAUCGGUUUCACGACAGUUUAAUCCGUGAGGGUUAGGGAGAAUCGAAAGUGAAACGUUUUCAUUUCCUUGAUACAGUGAAUCAUCAUUUUUUAGGGACGCUGGAGCGACCCUGUCGAGGCUACAGCGCGCUAUCGAUCACGCUGAUUCGUAAUGGCUUCGGAUAACGAUGAUAUAAAUGAGCGUCUCAUUGAAGACUAUAGGCCGAGGUUGCGAGAGCUUGUUGUGGUCGAUCGGGUUCUGGAUCAUAUACAGUUUAUCGAAACCGCCCAAAAGGAGCAGAUCAGACAGAAGGCGAGGACCGAUGGCAAUAUUGUGGCCACGGAUCUCCUGAUCUCCGCUGUUCUAAAGAAGCCACAUGCCCAUGGCUGGUUCAGGGCAUUCGUUGACGCGUUGUUACAUGCAGGUUGUGAAUCUGCAGCGGAAUACAUGCAGGUCAAUCCCCCAGAACCUGAAGUGGAGGCCGAGAAUGAUUGCUGUGUCAAGCUCAUUCAAUUGCUCUCUCCAAGUCUUGUGGACAUGAAGACUGACGUUGUGUCCAUUCACUGUUUCUCCAAACGCCUCCUCAGCAAGGAUGACGUUGAGAUUAUUAAAACUGCAACGACAACCCAAGGAAACAGGAGUGGAGCCCGUGAACUUCUCAGUUGUAUCGUGAGAGGUCGACCAGGAUGGUUCUCUGUCUUUCUCGAGGUUCUGCGUGAAACUGAACACCAGCACCUCCUGUACGAGCUGACUGGAGGGUCACCUGACUCUAACAAGAAAGGCUCCGGGGAGAAACUGCCUUCAGUGAAAGACGAACCUAUGGAAAGUGAAGCUCCAGCAGCAGCUAAAGGCGGUGAUAGCCUGCAGUUAAUGGACAUCAGCUAUACGGAGGAAGGAGAAGCAGACCUGUACGAAGGAGCUCCCACUGAAUCCAGUCAAGUGCCAAAAAGCUCGAAGCCCUCACAACCAGAUUCAGUAGCAGCGGCUGGAGGCCCAGAAAGAGCUGAUAUUGUUCUUCGAGAUUAUCAGAUGGACGUCGCUAGACCUGCCUUGGAGGGGAAAAACAUCAUCAUAUGCCUCCCGACAGGAAGUGGUAAAACCAGAGUUGCAGUUUACAUUACCAAAAAACAUCUGGACCACAGGAGGACAGGGGGGCGUUCAGGGAAAGUGGUCGUCCUGGUGAACAAGGUUCCUCUUGUUGAGCAGCAUUACUCUGCAGAGUUCUUGCCAUUUUUGAAGCACACAUACAAAGUGGAGAGAGUCAGCGGAGACUGCCAGCUCAAAAUCUCAUUCACAGAGAUUGUGAAGAAAAAUGACGUCAUCAUCUGCACAGCCCAGAUCCUGGAGAAUUUCUUGGAGAGGUCUAACAAAGGAGACGACGAAGGGGUGAACUUGAGCGAUCUGUCACUGAUCGUCAUAGAUGAGUGUCACCACACUCAGAAAGGAGAGGUCUACAACCACAUAAUGAUGCGCUAUCUGACACAAAAGCUCAAGAACACAAGGCUGAAGAAAGAGCAGAAGGAGCCCAUGCCCCUCCCUCAGAUCCUGGGCCUGACUGCCUCACCGGGUGUCGGGGGUGCCACGAAAAUGAAGGCCGCUGAGGACCACAUACUGCGCAUUUGUGCAAACUUGGAUGCUUACAAAAUCAUGACGACAGACCUUGGGCAGUACCAAAGGGAACCGAGGAAACUGAUUCAAACUGUUGAAGACAGAAGAGAGGAUCCCUUUGGUGAUGUAAUCAAGAACAUCAUGAAUGCCAUUCAUGCACAUGCCGAGCUGAGCCCCACAUCUGACCUUGGCUCUCAGAAUUAUGAACAGUGGGUUGUUCAAAAAGAGCGAAUAGCUGCAACGGAGGAAAAUCAGAAAGUGCGGGUUUGCUCUGAGCACCUUCGACAGUACAACGAGGGCCUGAAUCUCAGCAACACCAUCCGCAUGUGUGAUUCCUUCAGUUUCCUGAACAAAUACCACGAGGAGGAGAUAAAGAGGAAAACAACUCCAGACGAGGAGAAUGACAUAAAAAUCACAGAUACUGAGAGAUUCCUCUUCAAUUUGUUUAAAGAGAACAAGGAAGAACUGCAGAGACUCGCAGAGAGGCCAGAUUAUGAAAAUGACAGCCUGUCGAAACUGAGAAGUAAAAUUCUGCAUGAGUUCAGCAGCAGGGAGGCGGCCAGAGGGAUCAUUUUCACCAAAACACGUCGCAGCGCCAUUGCUCUAAGUCAGUGGAUUCAGGAAAACCCCAAGUUUGCUGACAUCGGAGUGAAAGCCUCUCAUGUGAUUGGAGGAGGAGACCAGAGUGUUGUUAAACCAAUGACCAAUACAGAGCAAAGGGACGUGCUGAACAAAUUCCGCAACGGUGAAGUCAACGUGCUGAUUGCUACCACCGUUGCAGAGGAGGGUUUGGACAUAGCGGCGUGCAAUUUUGUUAUCCGCUACGGCCUUGUGACCAAUGAGAUUGCUAUGAUUCAGGCUCAAGGCAGAGGAAGAGCUGAGGACAGCAGUUACACUCUGGUUGAGGUGAAGAACUCUGGGGUGGCCGAAAAGGAGUGUGUCAAUGAGUACCGCAUUAACAUGAUGAACAAAGCCAUUACCAAAAUCAGAGCCUUAAAUCAAGCGGACUAUGACAAACGGAUCUACGAGUUCCAGUUUCAGGCUAUAAUGGAGGAGAAGGUGAGAAUGUCUAAGAAGAAGCAGAAACGCAUGCAGGAUGAGAAGUAUGAAGUGAAGUUUAGCUGCCGAAGCUGCCCCAAACACGUCUGCACAGGCGAUGACAUCCAGAUCAUCGAAAACAUGCACAGAGUCAAUGUUACACCAGAGUUCAGUCAACUUUUCACAAAGAGAGAAAACCCUAGUCUUCAAGAGCGACUUCUGGAUUAUGAGACGAAUUACUACAUAGCAUGCAAGAACUGCGGGCAGAGAUGGGGUUCCAUGAUGCUCUACCGAGGGAUCGAUUGCCCCUGCCUCCAUGUGAAAAACUUUGUGGUGACUUUCAACGGAAAGAAGAUCAGCAAAUGCACCAAGUGGAGCGAGCUUCCCAUCAAGUUUCCCGUCUUUGACUACGCCGAACAAGCGAGCCGCGUGGCGGAGAGCUUAGAUGACGAAGAUGACGACGCUGAAUGACUCACACCUACGUAGACUCGUCCGUUAUUCUCUUUGGCUUGCACGGCAUGAAUUACUUCACCCAUCUCACUGGCAAAUGCAACGCUUCCUUCGAGUGUCGUGAUAACUGGAGUCUCUGAUGGCUGUGGGUUUAAGCAUGUGCUGCAAAACAUGAAUUAGAAUUGUUGGUGUAUGGGAUACUAUAUGUUGAAUUUACUGCAGAAACUCUUAACAACCUUAGAAUAUAUGUGCCUAUUGUGUGCAUCACUGAGGGAAAUAGGAUUUUCCUCUCACAAACUCCUGUGGUCUCCUGAGAUCGGAGCCACUAAGCCUGUGAUAGCCCCUCAGAGCCCACCUGUCAACACGCAUGCAGACAAACAAGUGCUGCUGGUGAUUUUCCAUUAAAUCCUAAAUGUUGAGCCAGUCACAGUGGCUAUUUUUAGAACUAUUCCAAAGAAUUCUUUUCAUCCAACAAAAAGACACCUGAGUGAUCUGAUUGUCCGUCCCGGGCACCAUCAUGCAAGUUGUUCUUGAGUUAUAAAACAUGUGUUCACUCUCUGACGUGUCCUUUUAUUUUUUAUUUGCAUUUAUGUUCUAAAUAAUGAAUUCGCUUUUUAUUAAAAACUGCCCCCCACUAAA